AUUUUACUACUUUUAUCCUCCUGUUCUAACAAUCUAAAAGUUUACUAUUCUGAAAGUAUGACCGCUACUCAACGUGAUAUCAACACCAAUUUUCAAAAAUUGGAAAAGUUUGAAGGUGUGGAGUUUUGAAGGUGGCAGAAAAAGAUGCAUUUUCUGCUCACCACUUUGAAAGUGGUUUACGUGUUAAGCACCUCGAGACUGCCCGGGGAUGAUGAAAAUGAGACUUUGGAGACAAGCCGACGCCGCAUAAAGUGGGACAAUGAUGACUAUAUCUGUCGUGGACAUAUUUUGAAUGUCGGUUCUAUAAUCGACAAAUUACCACCGUCAUGGAAGGAAGUGAAAAAUAGACUCAAACGUAAAAAGGAGGAUUUGUCAAUGGAGCAACUGGGCCGCCGACUUCAAAUUGAAGAAGACAUUAAGUUGCGGGAAGGUGACAAUGGUAAAAGAACGACCUCCCAAUUUCCUCUAUAAAUGUUAUGGAAGAGGGACAGUCAAGUGGGACUAAGAAAAAUAAAAAACGUCCCGGAAAAUUCACUAAAGGUUCAAGGUUUCAAAAGAAGCCAAAAGAUAAGAAAGUAGGCUCUUGUUGGGAAUGUAGUGGUCCACAUUUUAAGAGGGACUGCCCGAAGGUGAAGAAGAAGAAGGCCCAAUCAAAUGGUCAUCCAACCGGUGGCCAUGACAACCAAGGAUGAUGAAUCUUGGUGGAUCGACACCGGAGCGACAAGGCAUGUAUGUAAAGAUAGGAAAGCUUUUAAGACUCUAAAAGAGUUAGAAGAGGGGCCGAUCUUAUACAUGGGAAAUGAUUCUACUGUGCAAAUUUAAGGAAUUGGCCAAGUAGAAUUGGAAUUAACUUCCGGAAAGAAAUUAAUUCUUAAUGAUGUGUAUUUUGUACCACAAAUCCGGAAAGAUCUUGUCUUCGGUCGCAUCCUAAAUAACAUUGGGUUUAAACUUAGCUUUGAAGCAAAUAAGUUUAUUUUAUCUAAGGGUGGUGUAUUUGUUGGCCAAGGUUUCUAUUGUAAUGACAUGUUCAAACUAAGUGUUGUUAAUAAAGUUGUUAAUUUU